UUUUACCAAAUUGAAAAUGCAAGGCAUAGUCACCGAUUUAAUCAUAUUAAUUAAAGGAAUAACCCGGCUGAAUGACACGUACUCAUAUACGUGUCGUCUCGCUUGACGCGUGUCAGUUUCAAACUCUCCAAAUACCAGUAUACCAUGCAAGAAUAGCCCAAUAACUCCAUUCACCUCGACUCUUAAACUUCCAAAUCUUCCAUUACUUCAAGCAAAACCAUAGUUCAAUUAAGCCCAAUUCAACAAAAAUGGCGUCUCACGAUCAAAGCUACAAAGCUGGUGAAGCCAAGGGUCACGCUCAGGAGAAAACUGGGCAAGCUACGGAUACAAUGAAGGACAAGGCACAGAAGGCCAAAGACACAGCUUCAGAUAUGGCGCACUCCGCCCGGGAUCGAACUCAACAAAACAAGGACCAAACUGGCAGUUAUCUUUCAGAGAAAACCGAAGCCGCGAAGCAGAAGGCAUCUGAAACGGCCCGGGGGACAAAGGAGGAGGCAUCUGAAACUGCCCACGCGACGAAGGAGAAGGCGUCGCAAAUGGAAGAAUCUGGCGAGGAAACUGCACAAGCAGGCAAGGAGAAAACUGAGGGAACUAUGCAGAGGGCUGGGGAACAAAUUAAGAGUAUGGCGGGAGGAGCUGCUGAGGCUGUGAAGCAUACUUUUGGCAUGGGUGAAACUGAAGAGGAUCCAUGUAAUAAGAGGGAUAAUUAGUUAGUUUUUGUAUUAAUUUCUGGGCAUGUUUUUGAGGCUCGUAGUCCUGCUUUUGGAUACUAAUAACUUGUAAUAAUAAUGUCUCAACUCUGUUAUAAAUGUGACCAGAUUUUUAAUUAUGUUAAUCUAA